AUGAGUUCACUGGCUUUCUUGGUCACAGAGCUUCAGUCUCUGGCUAGUGAAACUAGGAGGAAACAUCCCGAAAUACGCGAGGCUGCAGAAAAGUCGUUAUCAAUACUACGCUCCUCGCCAGAGCAGGCAACCGCAAGCUUAGCCUCUGAUGGCCCACAAUCAGAUGACCUCCUUCGCCCAGUGUUCAUGGGGUGUGCUACAAAGAAUUCAAAAGUAGUCGCCAUCUCUCUCGGUUCCCUCCAACGCCUCAUCGCCCUCAAAGCCGUUCCUCAAUCCGCCGUACCCCUUAUCAUAUCUACCAUGACAGAUGCAAUGUCUCAAGGCGUCGAUAUCCAGCUCCGUAUCCUCCAGACCCUCGUAUCCCUCAUUACCAACUUCGAGGCUGUCAGCGGGGAUUUGCUCGGUGAUCUGCAAGACUCGCGGAUCGCAGUCGUCUCGUCAACCGCUGCCGCAACCCUUCGUCAGCUCGUCAUGUUCGUCGUCGACAAGAUGGUCGACGAAGACCGCCGCGAAAACAUCGACCCCGAAUCCCUCGUCUCCACCAUCCUCCCCGAUGGUUCCACCAAACUCCUUGGCCCAUAUGCCCGAGACGCAUUUUCCGUAUUCGAAGACCUCUGCCUCCUCGCCAACGCCGAAAAACCACACUUUCUCAAACUCGACUACCUCCACAAAACCUUUGCACUCGAGCUUAUCGAAAGCGUUCUCACAAACUACCACGAUCUUUUCCGCAAGCACCCCGAGCUGCUGUUACUCCUCCAACACCACCUGUGUCCCUUACUUCUCAAAGCCCUCUCCGAACGGCCUGUAUUUCCACUGACACUCCGUGGCACUCGCGUUAUAUUUCUCCUUCUUAAGCAAUUCUCGUUCGAGCUCAAAACAGAAGCAGAGGUUUUUCUCAUGCUCCUCAUCAGAAUGAUAGGAGACGACACAGAAUCAAUAGACCACACCUCACCCCGGCCUCCCUGGACGCGCGUCCUCGCACUAGAAAUCAUGCAACUCAUUCGGAACAUAUGGGAUCGUUACGACGCCCAACAACCGGGCUCCAAAGUAUUCAGCUCCCUCAUAAGCGCCCUCAAACGUCUCCUCACCGAAAAACCCGCGCUCUUAGGCGUGAGCUCGCAGAUGUUCGGUGUGGGUGUUUCAGCGCAUGCUGUUGGGGAGGGCUUGAGCGCAUCUGGAUCUGGAUCUUCGAGCUCAGGAUAUGGUUUGGAUGUGGGCGGGAUGGCUGGGAUGGUGGCGACGGCGGCUAGUGCCACUGUUUCUGGUGUUGUAGGCAUGAUGGGUUCAGGAGGAGGACUGAGUGUCCAAGGCUCAGCGAUGAAGCUACAAUGCAUCGACCAACUCGACAAAGCCGACUCUCCUCCAAUUCCUGAAUCAUACAUAUAUCUCCUAGGCGUGCAAUGCAUCGUCUCUCUCUGCGAAGGUUUCGCCUCCUUCACUGGGCCUUUAUACACCUCUAUAGUGAUCCAGAAACCACGCACUGCCGGCGACCCCCUCAUCCGCGCUCCACCCGCGCUCGACCUCUCCUCCCUCCCCCAAGACGAACCCAGCACCCGCCACCUCCUCAUCGUCCGCUCCAUGAUCGAAAAUGGCUGGCCUGCCCUCCUCGCCGCCCUUUCCUUCAUCAUUUCCACCUCCCUCUCGGAUGACCUCUUCGUCGACGUCCUCACAAGCUACCAGGCCAUGACUCACGUCUCCGGCAUGCUCGCCCUCUCCACCCCCCGCGACGCCUUCUUUACCUCCCUCGCCAAAUUUGCCAUCCCCUCCCGCGUCGUCUCCAGCCUCGACACCUACUUUGAGCCUUCGACCCCGCGUACAGCCUCGGCAUCUAUCACCGAGAACCUCGGCCUGACAGGUCCUACGCAGCCCCCUGGAUUGAGCGAAAGGAAUUUAGCAUGCUUGAAGGUCUUGGUAGGCAGCGCGCUCUUUUUGGCGGGGAGCCUGGGGGAGAGCUGGUAUGGGAUAUUGGAAACGCUGCAGAACGCGGAUUAUGUACUCACAGUCAAAGGAUCACAAGCCGUCUCCUCUCGACGCGCUAGCACCUUGGGCCCAGGCGGGUUCCAGUCCAACCGGUCUGUUUCUGCGCCCUCGCAGCAGCAGGGCGAACACGGUAAGGCCUCAUCUUCGGGUGCGUCCCAGCACCACUUCACCCCUCGUCAUCCACUCCUCACAGACCUCGAUGGCGAGAGCGUGCAGAGCGCAAUACAGCGCUUAUUCGACGCAUCAAAGAACCUCGAGGAUACCGCGUUCCAUGACUUUGUCAACGCGCUUUGCAAGCUGAGUUCGGAGAUGGUGGGCAUGCAAUCGGACAACUCGGGUAUGCUGGGAGGUGGUGAGAGCGGUAGUCUGGAUGAUAUGCAGAGCUCUGCGACGCUUUCCCCGCGUAGCGAACUGGCGCAUCGGAGAAGGGUGAGCGGGAUACACUUACCGAGGACGUUGCGUUCAGGUGAUUUCGGUGUAGAUAGGCUGGGAGGUGUGGCUAUGCUCAACAUCCAUCGCCUCAUCUAUCGUUCGCCGGAUAUAGCUUGGAACACUACGACAAGUCAUCUUCUCUCGAUCAUAGGGCUUCCAUUCGCUCCACAGCCAAUACGAGUCCAAGCCGCGCGCAUCUUGGACGAAAUCCUCGUCGUCGUCCCUCGCAGCCUCUCAUCCACCGGCGAUCUGCAGGCAACGGUCCAGCGACGCGUCCUAGACGUUCUCGCGCAACAAGUGAUCCCUCCAGAGAACGUUCCCAGCACCAGCACCAGCGUCGAGCUGCGGAGGAUGGGCCUGGAGACGCUGCAUCAGAUUCUGCAGGCGUCUGGACACACGUUUGUCGUUGGAUGGGAGACUAUCUUCGAGAUGCUGGGCAGCGUGUGUAAACCACCGCCGCCUUCGAGGACGGUUUCUGUCGACUCUAUGAGCACUCUGUCUCUCGAGCCCAGCCGGCCAAGGCCGUUACCACUAGGCCAUGGCAACGAACGCGGAUACACCGCUCUCGUCAAAAUCGCCUUCCAGUCGCUGAAGCUCGUGUGCGAUGCCGUCUCCUCCCUAUCACCAGAGCACCUUCGCUUAUGCAUCAGCACGCUCGGCCAGUUUGGCAGACAGGCAGAUACAAACAUCGCUCUGACAGCCGCCGAGAGUUUGCUGUGGAGCGUUUCAGACUCGAUUCAGGCGAAACGGAAGGAUGUAGAGAAGGAGCCCGAGUAUAGUUCAUUGUGGAUGUCAUUGCUGCUUGAGGUGUUGGGGCUUUGCACAGAUGCGAGAGCUGAAGUGCGGGUGGGUGCCAUACAGACGUUGUUCCGUGCGAUGCAGCUGUACGGAGCCACGCUCAGUUUGGAGACCUGGGACGAGUGCAUAUGGAAGAUUACAUUCCCGCUUCUUGACGCCAUUUCGGUUGAAACGCGGCGCCAUACUCAAGCUUCGUCUCAGAACACUUUAACGUCGAUACAGACCCCUGACAAAGCAUGGGAUGAGUCGAAGACCCUUGCUCUACAGUCGAUAGGCUCCAUCAUCAAUGAUUUCCUAACCACUAAAAUCAUGCGUCUUGACUCGUUCACGAAGGCCUGGACGGUUUUCGUAGGACACAUUCAGGACACUGUCUUAUUGGAUCGUCGGACACUCAGUCCGCCUGCUCUCCUUUGCUUGGAGAAGGCUAUCAAGGCUUCUGCUUCUGCAGAGUCGACCCUUGCCCCAAAGGUUGCUGAAUCUUGGGAAUGCGCUUGGAAGGCUUGUGACCAGAUUGGGAGUGCUAUACUGCAAGGCGGGAAGUCGCUUCCUUCCAAUGUGGAUGCCCGUCUCCUAUACAGGCCAUUUACGCAGGAAAGUCUAGUUGCCUUUGUCGAGGUCAUACGAAGUACGAGGACUAUCAGUCGAGCCUUGGACGGUGUUGAAUGGCCCUUGGAGCGCCUGACUCGCCUGAUGGCAAUAUUGAAAGGUGUACUGACAUACCCCAAUUCGCCUGAUUACAGACCAGAUGUAGAUGGGUUGACUCCUGUGCAGGCAGCUGUGAUGAAUGCCAUAGAGGACAUUGAUCUCUCCUCCACAGGCUCGCCUUCCCUUGUCAUGCGAGAUCUGUCAGAGUAUGCUACACUGCCGUUCCUAGCCUCCUUUGAUGUCCAGCCAGCUUUAAACCUGGUGUCAGGGUCCCCUAUCAAGUCCACUGUGCCGCAGAAACGAAUCACAUAUAUCGGUCUCUCCAAGAAAGCAAUGCCGCUCCUUGUUGAUCUUUAUAUCCAAUUCGAGAAGAAAGCAGAUAUAUAUGUAGAUGGAACAUUGGAAGCUGUUUUAUCGGCCUACGCGAUACCCGUCAAGCUAAAGUACGAUUGUCCAGCACCAUCCAAAUUUGGUAACGACCUUCCUCUAUGGAAAACUGCAACAACUAGUUUUCUGCGCAUCGUCAAGGAAUGUGCUCAACAGAUGAAGAAUUUGGGUGAUGAUAUACCUGACGAGCGCAUUGAGGGAAUCUGGAGACAAGUCAUUGAGGUCUUCAGAGGUGGUAUACUUGCUGACUGUUCCGCUGCUGAGAACUUCUCACUCGAUGUUCAAGAAGCAGAGGAAAACUUUGACCUCGCCUUGAUAGCUGCGUUGGAGAUCGAUGUUGUGCCACAUUUGGGAGAUAUGAAAGUGCCUGAUUAUCUUGUUACUCAGCUUGCCAAAAUGUUGUACCGAGGCAGCCAGCUAUAUGAUCCAGACCCCAGUUUUUCACCCCCUGGAUCGCCCUCUAUGAAUGGCUCUCAUACCUUAGAGAAGGUUGGCAUGGAAAACCACGGCAGCACAUCUUGGGGAAACCUUGUACCUCGAGAACGGUUUUCAUAUUGGUGCUUCGAUCUGCUGUUCUUGAUUUGCUCCGAUGUUUCCAAAGAUCAAGAACUGCAACGUAAGAAGGUGGCUACAUUAUGUCUACCUUCCUUACUGGACCGGUGUCACACGACGAUGAUAGGGUAUGUAGCGGACGAGUCACUGCGCGGUCAUUUACCGUUCCCUAGAGUACGAGAAGAUGAGCUUCUGUAUGUCCUGCGGAAGCUUCUGGAGCUUAGGCUGUGGCCAGGCACGCUAUGGGCAGCAUGGUCAGAUUCCCCUUCGAGACAUAGUGCGUCGCAACCCAGUGAGUCAGCCUCGUAUUUUGUUACCUACUUUGUAUUUACGUUCCUUGACGAAGCUGUUGAUGUGUCACUUUCGCCUUCAGCACUGGUUGCAGACGUUGUGAAACGCUCGUCAGUCGCACAUCUGUUCCACACAUACUCGACUCUUUGUGAAAUCGCCUCGAUACCCCGAAAGAUGCCAUCGGCUUGGGUGACGACUCACUCUUCGCUUUCAUCUCCAGCUGUCGCAGGAGAAGCUCACCGCAGUCGCAUUGGUGCAUCAGACAAAGAAAAUGGAAAGGUGGUGGAAGUAGACGCGAGGGUACUUGCUAGGGAAUGCCUGAAAACGAUUGGGAAGGAAAUAGGUGCUGCUCGAUGA